AUAAAUUUUACUUGGUAACGGGUUACAAAGCAGGACUGUUAGAAGAUAUCGGGUGGGACAUUGAUGGUGAAGUAUAUCGACAUGGCAACGGCUACAAUCGAAGAAAACAAAGAACUUUCAGAGGCAUUUGACGUUAUUCAAGAAUAUCCAAGGAACCGCUGCGAGGAAAACGACGAGAUCGUACAGGGAUUAACAGCUUUAUUUGAAAAUUUCAACAAGGAUCCGAAAGGAACACCCGAGAUUAUUCUUAAAUCGGUCACUUUGGCACGAGUGUUUAGUUUCCCUAAGAUUAGUGCUAUGAUUGCUCGAUCUCUACUCGUGGUUUUUCGACAUGUCUGGAAAACUUACUCGGAUUUCUACAGUGUCCCUGAGCAUGCCACACUUAGCAGUAACCUGAAGGCAAAUGCCUUUGGCUUCCUGUGUAAAAUGAAGGACUCCUUGCAUUGUCUGAUUUCGCUCAACGGAAACAACUCUGAUCCAAAACGGAUAUCAACUGCAUGUUCCGAAGUUCCACUCUGUAGCACGGGAAACGAAUUUUAUGCUGAAGUGCAGUCUAAACUUCAGGAGUUGAAAAAACAGAAAAACAUAGAAAAAAGUGAAGAAACUGAAGCACGAUAUCAAGCAAUAGUUGAUCUCCUUGACUUGCACUGCAAUCUUGCAGUUUUGAAGGAAUUCGUUUUUCUUUAUAUAGUCAUUCUAUGCAUUGCAAAUGGAAAUUCGCAGAAUACUGCCGAGGGUUAUUUUGAGGUAAUUGAAGGUCAACGAAAAGACAGGGAAACAACCUUGAAUAUCCUUUUUGAACCAGAAGCUGAAUUCGCUGGUGUUUCAGCUGUUUUUAUGAACGGCGAUUGGCCCAUGCUUCAAAUGCAUACUGAAAGAAGACUUUCGUGUCUGCACAAAUACUUUAACAGCUUAGCUGGGAAGAAGGUUAAAAUAGUUUCUUCUGAGGACGAUACAUUUGCAAUGUUUCGACAUCCAUCAGAAAAGACCGUACCGUUUACACAGAAGAAAUAUAUCCGCAUAUUCAACGACAAACACAGCAAAUUUAUAAUGGAAAAAGAAUUCGCAUUGAACAAAACUUACUUUGUGAUCCGCCUGGAUGCUGAAAGAGAACUUACUUUAAAGAUCAACGACAGUUCGAAAGGAAAUCUGAUAACUGACAAACGACUGCCGAGUGCUAGCGGCCAGUUCAACCUCGUGCGCUUGGCGAAUGGCAACAUAAUGAUUUCAUGCAUGAAACAUCCUACACGUUUUGUCACCAUGACUAGUGCAAAAGACGGCGACUGUCUUGAAGCAAAGAACAUCGGAGCUGGAUUUAACAGUCAGUGGCAUAUGGUCAAUUGCCAAGUUAAUCUCGACACUUAAAUCGAUUUAACAUGAUCGACCAGAUAUUUAAUAUUCCUUCAUGGCGGUGUUUUGAAGUAGAAUACAAUACCAUCAGAGUCACAGGUAGAGAUGUCGAAUCGAAUCAGGUUUACAUCUUCAGACAGCCUUCACAGUGUGUAUAAUAAAACAAUUGGAAAAUGACGAGUUUAAUUGCAUACGGAAUCUCAGUGUGAAUCAGUAUGCUUGUAUCUUCGUUCAGUGGACUAGAUGGACAUAAGUAUGAGCGACGCCGAUUUGUUCGUUUUAAGAUCCCUAUUUCACAGCAGAGAAAACGCUUGAGAGUUCGACGUCAGUUUUUGGACACACAGUUACCUCCCCUUAACUUUAUUUUAAAUGGGGUUGUCAACGGUAAACCGGUUACUCGGUUGGAAGACCACGAUAACAAAACCAUUAACCGAAUAAUCGGACAUUCAUUUACCCCCUUGAGGAGAGCUAUGUCUCCCUUGCUUAGACUUACAAAACUAUCUAUAGAUGCGAUCAAAGUCGGAUAGUUUGUUAUAAAUACCAGUAUUCGUGCUUACAUGUCUGGGUUGUUUUUGUACUCUAUUGUAAAUAUUGACAAAAAUAUGCUGACAACGCCAUACAAAACGGAACAGAUUUUGAAAGGAAGCGAGAACACAAAGUUGUGAUAUAUGCUGAGUUAAAUGCGCUUUUACAUGCAAUAUCUACACACUUGAAUGCGCAAGCAUGUCUUAAAACGUUUGCCGAUUAAAUUGUGUUGUACAGAACAAUAUAACCACACAUUAUCAGUGCAGAUACUUAUUAUUUAAUCCAGUCUUACUGUAUUUCAACAUUUGUUGUCCAUGAAAUAUACUUACUGAGGAUACAUGACACUAUUUACUGCGUUUAGCUUGAAAAUGUUAGGAAACUUUCCUGCUAAUUAGUACAUACAUGUAUGUUUAUGGUGUAAAGACGUUUAAGAUAGAAUAUUUGCUAAACAUAUAAUGUGUUUAUUGUUGUUUAUUGUUUGAUAACCGAAUUGACUGAUUAACUGAUUACUUGUUCGGCAGAUUGUUCGAGUAACCGGUUUCCAAAAUUAGACCGGUUUGACAACCCUAGUUUUAAUAUAUAACCGUAUCAAUUGGACCCGAGUACUUACACUGAUUCCGUCGCUCAGUUUGUUAGAAAAUCAGUCUAGUUGUAUUUUUACACCAGCAAUACAGGGAUCCUUAAACACGGUCAAAAUAGUGAGAGUAUCUGAUCGGUGGUAUAUGUAACAACAAUUCUCGACUCUAAAUAGAUAAAAAAAAAAUCAAGCUUUAAUAAUACAAAUUUUAAACAUUUUGCGUAAGAGUAAACAAUAAAUUCACCAAACAAU